AUGGACGUUCCGGCGCUGGUGGAUGCGCUCGUGACGAGUCUUCAUGGAAGUCCGAAUGUGUCCCUGAUGUCUCUAUCUCUGCGUAUUCUCUCUUCCAGGUACGGGAACGCGCAUGACGUGGAGUAUCGCGCAAACGACAUGAUGGGAGUGACACAGAAGAUUAUACGACACCUCAAGGAGUCUUCUAUCGGAUACGACCCAAAGCUGGCGGUGCAGCGCUUCGAAUCGCUGAACCAGGACUUUAUCACGCACGGAAUGCUCCACAGGAAGGCCGCAUUGUUGACGGUGCUCUUGAGACUGAGCUUGGAUACGGACUCGACGACAUUGUACGUACCGCCUCUCCCUGCGAUGAAGUUAGGGCAACCCGUCAAGACAGACCCCACCUCGACAUCCACUCCACACAAUGCUCCAUAUCCGUCCGAUCCUUCGAUGCCGUCGCGCCCAUCUACUUCUUCUUGGCAUGACAAGCACAUGCAACAAGAAUCGUAUCGCGCAGCCGUCCGCAAACACGACACAGGCGCCGCCAUCGACAUUCCUGAAGCCGUCCUGCUCCAAGAAGUGCUGUAUGCGUUCCAAGGCAUCGACUCGAAGUACAUCUUUUACAAUCCAUCAAUUGAUCGAUUUGAAGUGGCGCGGCAUGUCGGCGUGUCUCUUCCCAUGCGAGAUCUCAUUCGUAAGCUCACGGAAGUCGGAUGGCUGUACAACCGCAUCCAGCAAUUCUUGGCGCGAUCCGCCAUGUCGUCGGACGGAGUCGUCAUUCAGAGCUUUCACCACGCGCUGAAAGCCGAGUUGAGCGAUUUUUACCGCCUCAUCGCCAUCCUCAGUGCUCAAGUUGACCUGGACGCCGGCAAGUAUCCGUUGCCAGAGUCUGCAGGCGUCCCCGACUUGACCCUCAAACGCCUGAUCGUGUGGACACAGGAUCCACUGGACCGCCUACGAGUCAUGGCGGCGCUUGUCGACAGCGUGGAUGGCCUGGUCGGAGGGGCGUUGGCUUCGGGAAUUUACCUGUACAUGGAGCAUGGCGACCCGUUUGUGCGGCAAUUCAUAGCGACCAUCCUGAACCAAGUCGCGACGCCGCUCCUCAACAUGAUUCAGAAGUGGACUCUGGAAGGAAUGUUAGAUGACACCUACGAAGAGUUUUUUGUUGCGUGUGACGCCACCGUCGACGAUGACUUCUUGUGGAGUCAAAAGUACUCGCUGCGAUGGUCCAUGUUGCCUCAGUUCAUCCCCAGAGACGUUGCCAACACGAUCUUCGUGAUGGGCAAGAGUAUCAACUUUAUUCGAACAUGCUGCGGGGAUUCGGAGUGGACUCUCGACACGCAGCUGCGCACGUCCAACCUCACAUUUGAUCACUGGAUGGAAUUCCAGCAGUGGAUCACUGCCGCUGCGAAAGAAACGAACAAUUAUGUGACACAACUUUUGCUGAACAAGCACCAAUUGCUCGAACACUGCCGAGCACUGAAGCAGUACUUGUUGCUGGGCCAAGGAGACUUUAUCCAGUACCUGAUGGAUCUCCUUCAACCCGAGCUGUCCAAGCGAGCGACUCAAAUCUACCGACACAACCUCAUGAGCGUCCUGGAAACGGCUUUGAAUGCAUCAAAUGCCAAAUUCGAGACGAGCGACAUUUUGAGCCGCUUGGACGUGAAGCUCCAUCAAGCCUCUUCAGGCGAAGAAGGGUGGGAUGUGUUUGCACUCCACUACAAGCUCCAAGCGCCACUCAACACGGUGAUCCCUGACGCGUCCAUGUCCGAGUACUUGCGAAUGUUUUCGUUUCUGUUCAAAGUCAAGCGCGUCGAAUACUCGUUGAGCACGUGCUGGGGACGCGACAUGAACUUGGUCCACUUGAUCAGCAAAAAACUGCCGCAUGCGUGGGCAGUGCUGCAUCAAGGCAACCUCCUACGCUCCGAAAUGAUCCACUUUACAACCAACUUGCACAACUACAUGAUGUUUGAAGUCCUCGACGGGUCGUGGCACUCGUUCGUGCACGACGUGCAGUGCGCGACCCACUUGGACGGGCUCAUCGACGCCCACUCGGCCUACUUGCAACGGAUCCAGUCCAACGCGUUUAUGUUGGACGAAAACCAAAACCUCGUCGUUGCGUUGAAAGGCAUCUUCGAAACCAUCCUCAAAUUCUCCAAAGUGCAGGAAGCUAUUUACACGACCGCCGUGCGCGAAGGACAGCUCUACGAUCGCCAAGAACGCAUGAGCCAGACGACGUGGGGAAUUACAGACGACCAGCCCCGCGCAAAGUCAGCGCUGGACGGGUCUGGCGCGCUGGUCAAGCAAAUGCAAACGAUUGCCACCGAUUACCACGCACAAAUCGUAGCGUUUCUCGACCUGCUGAAGCAACAGGCGCUCGGGUCGGACAACUUGCCGUAUCUCACGUUUCGGCUCGACUUCAACGAGUACUACCGGAAAUCCACGUCGGCAAGUGACCCCAGAGUGUAA